CGGGUUCAAAACGUUCAAAAGGACUUAGAAGAAGGCAGCUGACAUCUUCUUCCUCAAAGCCUCAAGGGCAGUCUUCGAGAGUCGUUGACACUCCGACCAAUGUCCUUGCUUGUUGCACUCCCACCAACCACGAAGAUCGAAUUUCUCAAUCAACCAAAAAUGAAGUUGACAACUGACAACCCUUUAUUUUCACACACGUGGGAUACCCUUGACAACAAACCCAUCAUCGUCCACAAGACCCUCCAUCAAGCUUUCGCAUCAGUAUAAGAUUGCACGCACAUCAUUCUAAAUAAGAUUGCAUACACAUCUCCUGAAGAAACCUCAUUAAUAUAUUUGAUUGAACACACUUAAGAAAGAAAUCAUGGCUGAGAGCGAUACAAGAUUCCGAGGAAAGACCAUUGUCAUCACGGGAGCAGGAGGUCAAUUUGGCCGAGAAGGAUGUCUCUUUUUUGCCAAACGAGGAGCCAAAAUUGCCGCGUUGGAUCUGUCUACCAAGGGAUUGGAGGAAACGGCCAAGCAAGUCAAAGAGGCUGUCGCGACGGCCGAAAUUUUGACGUUGGAAUGCAACGUGACGGAUGUUACGAGUGUCCAAAACGCCAUUACAGCCACGGUGGAAAAAUUCCAAACCAUUGAUUUAUUGUGGAACAAUGCGGGAUAUCAAGGACAAAUCAAGCCCACGUUGGAAUACGAUCCAGCUGAUUUUUCUCGUGUGCUGAAUAUUAAUGUGACGGGAAUGUUUAUUGUCUUGCAAGCUGUGGCCAAGCAAAUGGUCAAACAAUCACCAUCCGACGCCUAUUCUAUUGUCAAUACGGCCAGUGUGGCCGGAUUGCGGGGAACUCCGGCCAUGGUGGCAUAUGCCAGCAGUAAAGCAGCCGUAUUGGCAAUGACGGUCAGUUGUUCGAAAGACUUGGCACCGAACAAGAUACGCGUCAAUGCCAUUAGUCCAGCUCUGAUUGGACCUGGUUUCAUGUGGACACGGCAAAACGAGCUUCAUGCACAGUCUGGGUCUCCAUAUUUCGCCACGGAUCCAGAGGUCGUGGCUAAGAACAAGAUCAACAGUGUGCCUCUCAAAAGGCUAGGAUCGAUUGAAGAAGUUGUAAAGUCGGUGGCGUUCCUGUUAAGUGAUGAUUCCAGCUAUAUGACUGGAACCAACCUUGUGGUGGAUGGUGGUAUGAGCAGUGGGCUAAAGGCGUAAAUGCCAACCAAGAUUACAUGAAUGAUUAAUCGACAAUCAGCUCGUUCACGAUACAACGAAGCAACCCGUAACCUAGCUAGCCAAGCGUUUCCUUGUUAGAAUCAUAGGCAUCCAACAUGCUGCUUCCAAAGGAGCUCGUGGCUAGUCAGCUCUGAUGCUAGCUAAACGAGGACAGCCGAACAGGCAGAAUGAGAGUUGCAUUCGAACUCGCGUGCACGGAGCACAUCAGCUGCCGCAAUUCACGAUCAUUUCAUUGUUCCUUUAUUCCUUCGCCAGCUCCGAAAAUGUUUUUUUCCAAAGCAGUGCCAAAGGGAAUCUGAUCCAAAGACAAGGACGAACCAGCAAGGUAGGUAGUAAGCUAGCUAGGAAAAAAGGAAGUGCACGUGUCCCUAAUUUUACUCUACAACAGUAGCGCUUGC